AUGUUCAAUCCGCACAAGGCGGGUUUAGAUGGCGUUGACAAGGAUCGGGUGAACAAGAUCAUCGAGGAGUCUUCUCGAGGAACACCAUUCUGGGAGAAUCAGCAACGCAAGAAUGCUCGACAUCAGGAACGUAUCAAGAAACUUCUCGAGAAGAUCGAGACGGCCUCGAAUCACGAGUGGUCUGAGGCGCAGACAAAAGCGGAUGAUUAUCUUGAGCAACUCGAGCUGAACGUUCAACAGGUUGUCGUUCACAUUGAUAUGGACGCCUUCUUUGCCAGCGUGGAAGAGCGGGAUGAUCCGACUCUCAGGGAGAGACCUAUGGCUGUCGGAGACCACUCCAUGAUAUCAACGUCGAAUUAUGUCGCUCGACGCUUCGGUGUCCGAGCGGGCCUUCCCGGCUUCAUCGCUCUCAAACUUUGUCCCCAAUUGGUCUUGGUCCGCCCCGAUAUGGGCAAGUACUCAGAAGCGAGCGCCAAAGUCAUGCAGGUACUGUCACGCUACGAUCCGAAUUUGGUCCAAUUCGGCCUCGACGAAGCGGCGCUAGAUAUAACUGAACUCUGUCGGAACCCGGAGAAGACCCCGGACCAGAUCGUUGCCGAAAUCCGACAGGACGUUCGAGACACCACGGGUCUCACGUGUAGCGCUGGAAUCGGGCCGAAUCAAAUGGUUGCGAAAAUGCUUGCGGAUGUCAAUAAGCCGAACGGGCAGUUCCGAUUAACGACUCCUGCCGAGAUCGAAUCGUUCAUAGAAAAUCUCACCGUGCGGAAAAUAUUUGGCGUUGGCCAAGUUCAAGAGAAGAUGCUGGCCGCCCUGGGAUGCGUGAACUGCUCUGAUCUCAUCGACCAGCGAGCGAAACUUUUCCUGGGUUUCAGUGACGCAACUGCGAAAUCCUUUCUAGCCGCAGCGAAAGGAAUAUGCGACGGUUUAGUGAACGACUCAGAAAUCUCAUCCCGGACAAGACGGUCCAAGAGUGCCGAGACCACAUUCAAGGAUUCGGACAACGUGGAGUUUUUGACAGAAGUUUGCCAUCACCUUUCGGAGAGACUCUCUGAGGAUCUCGCAAUCAGCGAUUUACAAGGAAAAUUGAUCACGGUGAAAUUCAAGACCAGCUCGUUCGAUGUCUUCAGUCGGUCCGUAGCCUUAGAGCUGCCAACCAGGUCGCUGAAGACAAUUUCCACGCAAGCCACCCGAGUUUUGAAGAGUAUGCUCGCUCGCAAUCCAGGGACUAAACUCCGCUUGUUGGGCGUUCGCAUGUCGAGUUUCCAGGAAGCAGACGGGAAACAAGCAACUCUGAGUCAACUCUUCAAGUCGACAGCAGCACCGCCGAGGGAUGAGCCGAAAACAGAAUGCCUGAUCGAGAAAAGUGAAGAAGCGUCACCGCAGCCGGGGCCGACUCAUAAGCAAUCGCCCUCGCCCUCAGCGAGCGAGGCUCGUCUACUCGACGACGAUGAAAUUAUCGAUCUCGACGACAGUGAGAAUUCCGCAUCCCCGACUGAAGCGAUCGCGGAAGAACCGGGCUCGACUUUUUCGGACAGGUCGACCGCUCCAACAGCGGAUUUGAUUGAAGAGACCUAUUGUCCUAUUUGCGCGGUCAUCAUGCGGAACGUCACGGAAGCGAAAGUCAAUCUCCACAUAAAUAGAUGCAUGGAUAAGGAGCAGCGCAGGGAGCAGAUGAAGAAUAGCAAUACUACAUGCGUGAAGCUCACUCCGAAAGCGAACAAACCGAAGGGGGGUGUUAGGAAGCGCUCCUCAAACACUUUGAAAAAGAAGGACUCUGGCUCAAUAACAAAAUUCUUCACGAAGUAG